GGGAGAGAAACAGAGACACGGAGAAAGAGAAGAAAAGGGAGGAAGAGAGAGCGAAGCAGAAAAGGACACCUCAUCUAUCAGGCGUGUAGUUUGAAUCCCUUUUUCGCCUCCCCCUUCCCCUGCGCGAUGUUACAAAGGCUGUGAGCUGUUCGCCUUUUCCCAUUCGCCUGCUGUCACUUCCUUCUUGGACGAUCUCAGGACGAGUCCGGUUACUUUUAAUCCGACCAGCAGCUCAGCCACUUUCUCCUCCUCCACGCUGCACACACGCGCACACGCGCGCACACGCGCGCACACACACACCCCAGGCAUCUACUGGCUGCUUAUUGGAUUGACUUUGAAGGUUGUGUGUGUGAUUGAAGGCGGCUGCAUGCAGAACCAGGUGGUGAAUAUUUAAGUCUGGAAGAAGUAAAGGGAUUUUUUCUUUUUCCUAUGAAAGGAAAAUAUCUGAAGGACUAGUCUCAUCAACCAAACAGCUAACUGUUUAUAUUCUAAUGUAUUCAUCUUUUAAGGACGGCAAAAAGGAAAUAAGAUACACGUUCAUGGAGGCAAAAAGAACAGAGACUUUAAGCUGUAAUACGAUCAAGCAGGAACGGAUGCAGGGGACUGUGAACUGAGUAGUGCAAGUGCUAAAGAAGGAGAUUUGGUUUGAGGAAACAGGAAAGAGGAAGAAAAUAGAAGGGAAAAAUACGUAAUUUUAAGGAAGAAGGAGAGAAAAAAAAACGGGGACUAUGGGGAGAAAAAAGAUUCAGAUCACAAGGAUUAUGGAUGAACGUAACAGACAGGUGACUUUUACAAAGAGGAAAUUUGGAUUGAUGAAGAAGGCUUAUGAGCUUAGUGUUCUGUGUGACUGUGAGAUUGCUCUGAUCAUCUUCAACAGCACCAACAAACUGUUCCAGUAUGCCAGCACUGAUAUGGACAAAGUGUUACUGAAAUACACUGAGUAUAAUGAGCCGCAUGAAAGCCGAACAAAUUCAGAUAUUGUGGAGACAUUGAGAAAGAAAGGACUUAAUGGCUGUGACAGUCCAGACCCCGAUGCAGAUGAUUCAGCAUUGCACAAGAAAGAAAACAAAGGUUGUGAAAGCCCUGAUCCUGACUCCUCUUAUGCUCUCACCCCACGCACUGAAGAAAAAUAUAAAAAAAUUAAUGAAGAAUUUGAUAAUAUGAUCAAGAGCCAUAAAAUACUUGCUGUUCCACCACCAAAUUUUGAGAUGCCAGUUUCUAUCCCAGUGUCCAACCACAACAGUUUGGUAUACAGUAACCCAGUCAGCUCACUGGGAAACCCCAACCUUUUGCCACUGGCUCAUCCUUCUUUGCAAAGAAAUAGCAUGUCUCCUGGCGUGACACAUCGGCCUCCAAGUGCAGGUAACACAGGUGGCCUGAUGGGUGGCGACCUCACAACUGGUGCAGGCACCAGUGCAGGAAAUGGCUAUGGCAACCCCCGCAACUCACCAGGUCUGCUGGUCUCACCUGGCAACUUGAACAAGAAUAUGCAAGCAAAAUCUCCGCCUCCAAUGAAUUUGGGAAUGAACAACCGUAAACCAGACCUUCGUGUGCUUAUUCCACCUGGCAGCAAGAAUACCAUGCCAUCAGUGAAUCAAAGGAUAAAUAACUCCCAGUCUGCUCAGUCAUUGGCUACUCCAGUGGUUUCUGUAGCAACUCCUACUCUACCUGGGCAAGGGAUGGGAGGAUACCCAUCAGCCAUCUCAACAACAUAUGGUACUGAGUAUUCUCUGAGUAGUGCAGAUAUAUCAUCUCUCUCUGGGUUUAAUACAGCCAGUGCUCUUCAUCUUGGUUCUGUGACUGGCUGGCAACAGCAACAUCUACAUAACAUGCCACCAUCUGCCCUCAGUCAAUUGGGAGCUUGCACUAGCACUCAUUUAUCUCAGAGUACAAAUCUCUCCCUGCCUUCUACUCAAAGCCUCAACAUCAAGUCAGAACCUGUUUCUCCUCCUAGAGAUCGUACCACCACACCAUCGAGAUACCAACAGCAUACGCGCCAUGAGGCGGGGAGAUCUCCUGUUGACAGUUUGAGCAGCUGUAGCAGUUCCUAUGAUGGAAGUGACCGAGAAGAUCACCGGAACGAAUUCCAUUCCCCCAUUGGACUCACCAGACCUUCGCCGGACGAAAGGGAAAGCCCCUCUGUCAAGCGCAUGCGGCUCUCUGAAGGAUGGGCAACAUGAUAACAUUAUU